GAGCAUUUCUGAAAGCAGGCAUCACGAAAAGAUGAAGCAGAUAAGAUAAAAGUCCACAUCUUCUCCCUUAAGUAUUUGUUCUUUUGCAAAAGAGGCAACAGCAGACGGGUGCGACAAUGUUGUGGAGUGGGCUUGUGGUGCUGGCGCUCCUCAAUUCAUCCCUCGCCGUUCCUCUGCGGGGUAACGGAGGCAGGAGUCACAACAAGCUGCUCCUCAUCUCAUUCGAUGGCUUCCGAUGGGACUACGACCAAGACGUGGACACGCCUAACCUUGACGCGAUGGCAAAGGAAGGCGUUAAGGCUAAAUACGUGACCCCACCAUUCAUCACCAUUACCAGCCCAUCUCACUUUACUCUGCUCACAGGGAAGUUUAUUGAGAAUCACGGAGUCAUCCACAACAUGUGGUUCAAUACAACCACAGGGGAGAAGAAACCUUAUUAUGCAUCACAGUUUGUCAAUGAUUGGUGGGACAACGGUAGCCUGCCCAUCUGGAUAACAGCACAAAGACAGGGACUAAAGACCGGAUCACUUCACUUCCCGGGCACGGCUGCCACAUACCAAGGAGAAACAGCAUAUGUGAAGGUGGUAGAACCUCGAUUUUAUGACUAUUCAAAGGAGGAAGACUGGCACUUGAACAUUAAUAAGGUGAUGGAGUGGUUUGUCCAGCGUGACCUGGACUUCGUAUCGCUGUAUUUUGGAGAGCCAGACAGCACCGGACACAAAUACGGUCCCAACUCAGAGGAGAGGAAAGUGAUGGUGCGACAGGUGGACCGGACGGUGGGCUAUCUCCGAGACAAGGUCAAGCAGCACGGCCUCGACAACCAUCUCAACAUCAUCUUUACGGCUGACCAUGGCAUGAACCAAGUGCAGAAGAAGCCUCCAAAUAAAAUUAUCGUCCUGUCUCAGAUUGCCAAUUUCUCUUUACAAGACCUCCAGUUCUCCCUUUUUGAUUACGGGCCGGUCAGUCUCCUCUUGCCAAAAGAAGGGCGUCUAGAAAAAGUCUAUAAUAUACUGAAGAAUGGCCACCCUAACCUUCACGUGUACAAAAAAGAGGAGAUUCCCAGCAGGCUGCGAUAUUCCCAAAACCCUCGGAUCCUCCCUCUCCUGUUAUUUGCAGAUCCGGGAUACGUGAUUCAUGGGAUUAUACCUGUGCAAUCUAAUAAUGGAGAGCAUGGUUUUGACAAUGACGCCAUGGACAUGAAACCCUUUUUUAGAGCCGUUGGUCCCGACUUCAAGGUGAACCUCGAGGUGGAUCCGUUCCACACAGUCAACGUCUACGCCCUGAUGUGUAAUUUGCUGGGGAUUAAGCCAGAGGCCAAUGAUGGAUCUCUCGAAGUCACCCAGCAUAUGCUAAGAGAAAAGGAGCCUGAAAAAAUGUCCACAGAAAAAAUGGUUAGCAUUGCCUUGUUGGCAGUGGCCUGCGUUCUGCUUGUUGUUGCAGUGGCGCUCAUAAUUAAAACAGUCGUGUACAGGAGAAAGCAAACGGAGAGAAUGAGUGACAAACUGAGCCUGGACAAAAUCCAACAUGAAUUGAACCCUGUGAUAGGAAAUCUGUAUCUGGAAGACAGCAAAUCCACUAAGAUGCCUGGACUGCAACUUACCAGCAUUCAGCAAAACCCGGAAAAAAAUGCAUCUGCGAAAGACGGACAUUUUACAGGAUUUUAAGAACAAGUUUAAAAAGUGAUUUUCUUUUUUUUUUAGUUUUAAUUGUAAUUUAUUUGUUUGCUGGCAAAGUCCUUUAAAAAAACUUGUUUUAAAGUAUUUGGACAGUAAAAAAGAGAACCUGUUUGUAGUAAGUUUUUAUAAUCUGUAAUAAAGAAAUUUUUUAAGAAAAUACAUUCAGACUGGGAAAAAAAAGUCCAUGAACACAAAGCCGACUGGCGGUGUCUCGUGUGUCUGUGGUGCUACUUUGUGUCAUCAGGUGUCUGAAAAGAAAAAAACACAUAAAAGUUCAUUGAAGUUGCUUUUGCCGUUCUACAUGACUGGCUGCAAUCCCUGUAAUGGCUAUCUGUGUGAGGUCAGCGUGUUCUCUCCCUGUGCUUUUGUCCUCAGAUUGACUUCACAUUUUCUUGGUGUGAAUGCAGAUGU